UGUUUUCUGGGGGCCUGGCCUGUGUUCCUGCGCGAGCCAUGGCCACCACCGGCGUCCUCCCCUUCAUCCGCGGCGUGGACCUCAGCGGGAACGACUUCAAGGGGGGUUACUUUCCCGAGCACGUCAAAUCCAUGACCAGCCUACGGUGGCUGAAGCUCAACCGGACGGGCUUGUGUUACCUGCCCGAGGAGCUGGCUGCCCUCCAGAAGCUGGAGCACUUGUCUGUGAGCCACAACAGCCUGACGACGCUCCAUGGCGAACUCUCCAGUCUGCCCUGCCUGAGGGCGAUCGUGGCUCGAGCGAACAGCCUGAAGAACUCUGGAGUCCCCGACGACAUCUUCCAGCUGGACGACCUCUCGGUGCUGGACCUGAGCUACAAUCAGCUGACAGAGUGUCCCCGGGAACUGGAGAAUGCCAAGAACAUGCUGGUCCUCAACCUGAGCCACAAUGGCAUCGACAACAUCCCCAACCAGCUCUUCAUCAACCUGACGGAUCUGCUGUACCUGGACUUGAGUGACAACCAGCUGGAGAGCCUUCCGCCGCAGAUGAGGCGGCUAGUGCACCUCCAGACCCUGGUACUCAACAACAACCCCCUCAUGCACGCCCAGCUCAGGCAACUUCCCGCCAUGACGGCCCUGCAGACUCUGCACCUGAGGAACACCCAGCGCACCCACAACAACCUUCCCACCAGCCUGGAAGCCCUGAGCAACCUCGCAGACGUGGACCUGUCCUGCAAUGACCUGCCCCGGGUCCCCGAGUGCCUGUACACCCUCUCUGGCCUGCGCCGCCUGAACCUCAGCAGCAACCAGAUCCCGGAGCUCUCCUUGUGCGUCGACCAGUGGACCCAGCUGGAGACCCUGAACCUGUCCCGGAAUCUGCUCACCUCGCUGCCCUCAGCCAUCUGCAAGCUGACCAAGCUGAAGAAGCUCUACAUAAACUCCAACAAGGUGGACUUCGACGGCAUCCCCUCGGGCAUCGGCAAGCUGGCCAACCUGGAGGAGUUCAUGGCCGCCAACAACAACUUGGAGCUCAUCCCGGAGAGUCUGUGCAGGUGCACCAAGCUGAGGAAACUGGUCCUCAACAAGAACCGUCUGAUCACGCUUCCAGAGGCCAUCCACUUCCUGACGGAAGUCGAGAUCCUGGAUGUGCGGGAGAACCCCAACCUGGUGAUGCCCCCAAAGCCCGCGGACCGCACCUCGGAGUGGUACAACAUCGACUUCUCCCUGCAGAACCAGCUGCGGCUGGCUGGUGCCUCCCCUGCCACCGUGGCAGCUGCCGGGGCGGGCAGCGGCCCCAAAGACCCCCUGGCUCGCAAGAUGCGCCUGCGACGGCGUAAAGACUCGGCCCAAGACGACCAGGCGAAGCAGGUGCUGAAAGGCAUGUCAGAUGUGGCCCAGGAGAAGAACAAGAAGCUGGAGGAGAACCUGGAUGUGAAGUCUGCAGACUCCAAGACCCGGCGUUGGGACCAGAGCCUGGAGAAGCCCCAGCUGGACUACUCGGAGUUCUUCACGGAGGACGUGGGGCAGCUGCCCGGCCUGACCAUCUGGCAGAUCGAGAACUUCGUCCCCACCCAGGUGGAUGACGCUUUCCACGGCAAGUUCUAUGAGGCCGACUGCUACAUUGUGCUGAAGACCUUCCUAGAUGAGAGUGGCUCCCUGAACUGGGAGAUCUACUACUGGAUUGGCGGGGAGUCGACACUGGACAAGAAGGCGUGCUCCGCUAUCCACGCCGUCAACCUGCGCAACUACCUGGGGGCCGAGUGCCGGACCAUCCGCGAGGAGAUGGGCGAUGAGAGCGAGGAGUUCCUCCUGGUGUUCGACAACGACAUUACGUACAUUGAGGGCGGAACAGCCAGUGGCUUCUACACUGUGGAGGACACACACUACACCACCCGACUCUAUCGUGUCUACGGGAAGAAGAACAUUAAACUGGAGCCCGUGCCCCUCAAGGCCGUGUCUCUGGACCCCCGGUUUGUCUUCCUGCUGGACCACGGGCUGAACAUCUACAUCUGGAGGGGUGCCCAGGCCACGCUGAAUGGCACCACCAAAGCCAGGCUGUUUGCUGAGAAGAUCAACAAGAAUGAGCGGAAAGGGAAGGCAGAGAUCACUCUGCUGACCCAGAGCCAGGAGGUGCCCGAGUUCUGGGAUGUGCUGGGGGGUCAGCCGGAGGAGAUCAACAAGAACGUGCCGGAUGACUUCCAGCCGGCGAAGCCCAAGCUCUAUAAGGUCGGCCUGGGGCUGGGGUACCUGGAGCUGCCCCAGAUUAACUACAAGCUCUCAGUGGAGCACAAGAAGAGGCCCAAGGUGGAGCUGAUGCCCCAGAUGAGGCUGCUGCAGAGCUUGUUGGACACCAAGUCCGUGUACAUCCUGGACUGCUGGUCGGACGUCUUCAUCUGGAUUGGCCGCAAAUCCCCUCGCCUGGUGCGGGCAGCGGCCCUGAAGCUGGGCCAGGAACUCUGCAGCAUGCUGCACCGGCCCAAGCACGCCAUGGUCAGCCGCAACCUGGAGGGCACCGAGUGUCAGGUGUUCAAAGCCAAGUUCAAGAACUGGGACGACGUGCUGAAGGUGGACUACACCCGCAAUGCCGAGACUGUGCUGCAAGGGGAGGGAUUGGCGGGCAAGGUGAAGAAGGAUGCAGAGAAGAGGGACCAGAUGAAGGCCGACUUGACGGCCCUGUUUGUGCCUCGCCAGCCCACCAUGCCCCUGGCUGAGGCUGAGCAGCUGAUGGACGAGUGGAACGAGGACCUGGACGGCAUGGAGGGAUUUGUCCUGGAGGGCAAGAAAUUCGCCCGGCUGCCCGAGGAGGAAUUCGGACAUUUUCACACCCAGGACUGUUACGUUUUCCUCUGCAGGUACUGGGUUCCGGUGGAGUAUGAGGACGAGGAGAAGAAGAAGAAGCCGGAGGCGGGGAAGGGCUCUGGAGAGGAGGAAGUGGCGGAGGAGGAAGAAGAAGAGGAGAAACAGGCCGAGGAGGACUUCCAGUGCGUGGUGUACUUCUGGCAGGGCCGCGAGGCCUCCACCAUGGGCUGGCUCACCUUCACCUUCAGCCUGCAGAAGAAAUUCGAGAGCCUCUUCCCGGGGAAGCUGGAGGUGGUGCGGAUGACCCAGCAGCAGGAGAAUCCCAAAUUCCUCUCCCACUUCAAGAGGAAGUUUAUCAUCCACAAGGGGAAGAGGAAGGCUAAGGACAACGUCCAGCAGCCUAGCCUCUACCACAUCCGAACCAACGGCAGUGCUCUUUGCACCCGGUGCAUCCAGAUCAACACUGACUCCAGCCUGCUCAACUCUGAGUUCUGCUUCAUUCUCAAGGUCCCCUUUGAGAGCACUGAUAACCAGGGCAUUGUCUACACCUGGGUGGGGCGGGCUGCCGAUCCCGAUGAGGCCAAGCUGGCAGAGGACAUCAUGAACCACAUGUUUGACGAGUCAUACAGCAAACAGGUGAUCAACGAAGGGGAGGAGCCAGAGAACUUCUUCUGGGUGGGCAUCGGGGCCCAGAAACCCUAUGAUGAAGACGCCGACUACAUGAAGUUUGCCCGGCUCUUCAGGUGCUCCAACGAGAAGGGCUACUUCUCCGUCUCAGAGAAAUGCUCAGACUUCUGCCAGGACGAUCUGGCCGACGAUGACAUCAUGCUGCUGGACAAUGGGCGGGAGGUUUACAUGUGGGUUGGAACGCAGACCAGCCAAGUGGAAAUCAAGUUGAGCCUGAAGGCCUGUCAGGUUUACAUCCAACAUAUGAGGUCCAAGGAGCAGGAGCAGCCCCGCAAGCUGCGGCUGGUGCGCAAGGGUAACGAGGCACACCCCUUCACCCGCUGCUUCCACGCCUGGAGUGUCUUCCGCAAGCCGCCGGCCUAGGAGCCCCUCGCCCACCCAGAGAGGGCCACCACUGGCCCACACUGGCAGGAGGGCAUCCCGGUGACCGACUCGAAUUCUUUGAUCCUUCACCUUCUCCCUCUCCUCCCUACCCGCCCCCCCCAUCCCACCAGGCAGCUUCGGAGGAGGAAGUAGGAUCUCCCUGCCCCUGUUGCCCCCUACAGCGGCCCACGCCUCAGACCAGGGGGUCAGACUACUCCAAGCCCUGCAGGCUCACGCACCCACUGUCAGUGACCACCCAUACCUAAGAGGAGGGUUGGGACAUCCUGUUCCUUUGCUGCCAAUGUGAGCUCCAUUUCCUGGCUCCCGUCCAGUCUCACGGGCUGAGGUCCAUCUUUGCUUUCAAGCAUCUCUUGGGCUGAGCUCUAGCCUCGCUCUCGUAGGGGCAGAGGAAACUGGACCCAGAGCCGAGAGGAGUCAGAAAAGAGUUGUAGCUACCAACAAAACUUUCUGAACUUCACAAAUCUUUGCUGAGAUUCUAGAUGGAGAUGCGAAAGAGGCAGUUGGGUUCGGCCUGAUGCCCCCUCCCCCUGGCAGUUGGAGGGAACUUUCCUCUGUGCAGGCAGGGGUGGGGUCCGGUGCAAUCCACCCUCCCCUGGACCUACCUGCUUUCCUGGCUCCAGGUUUAGUCGCUGAAGGCGGGGUGUUGUUUCCUGACCUCCACUCUCCCCUCAGCCUGCAGCCUUUCACUGUCCACCUUUCCCCUUUAAAGAAUGGGUGACAGGUGGCCACCCCGGGCAGCCCCCCAUAGCCUGGGCUUUUUCUCCCCAUCCCAGGUUGCCCUGGUCUAGGGUGAACAAGCCCAACAGUCAGGGCAGCUGCAUCAUCCCUGGUUGGUGCUGACCCCUGACAGCAGCUUUUCUCCCAAGGGGACACUGGUAGGUCACUAGCAAUGAGCAGAGUUAAGGGGCUACCCACGGUAGGCCUCAUUCCCGCUCCACCCCCUCCCACCCUCCGCUCCAGAUGCUCACCUCUGCUUUAUUUUUUAAGCUCCUUCCCCAGCCUCUUCUUUUGGCCCUGACAGUCCAGGACCAAGGUGGCUGCUGCUCCUGGAUUUUGUUUUUUUAUAUUUAGCCCCCAAGAUCUUUGAGCAUAUUUUGCACUCAGCUCCUCCACGUGGCAGCGGGCACAGAGCAGACAAGCCUGGGCCCAGAGAUCUGUAUCAUGUCCAAGUUUGGUAUUAUAGCAAUAAAAAUUGCACUUGCACAGAA